GUGAAUCUCAAUGGCCGACUCAACAAGUGCUCUGUUAUUUCCCCGCGAUUUGACAUCAAGAUUAAGGAUAUUGAGCAGUACACUACAAACUUGCUUCCAUCCCGACAAUUCGGAUACCUCAUUUUGACCACAUCAGGUGGAAUUAUGGAUCACGAGGAAGCCAGAAAGAAGCAUCUCGGAGGGAAAAUUUUGGGAUUCUUCUUCUAA